AUGCCUGUUCCCACAGAUACUCCAACGAUAGUUCCUCUUUCUGACGAAGAGCGAACCACUGGUCAAUUGACCAACGCUCACCUCUUCGAUGCGGUAGACGCCCUCUUUAACGAUGGACUCGUUGUCCUCCAGAACGCGAUUGAUAUCGAAGUCAUUGACAAGCUGAAUGAGAAGAUGAAGUCUGAUACCGAAAAGAUCGUGAAUGGAACCAUCAAGGUGCAUUGGAACCAAGGUGAAGACAAAGGCAAUGUCUCUCAAGUUCCUCCCAUAUUAGAAGGUGAGUAA